AUGAAUACAGGAUCCUCUUCUGGGUUGGGAUUGACUGGAGAUCUGGGUGGUUCUGGCUUGGGUUCUGUUGGAACAGGAACUGGGUGUUGUUCCUCUACUGGGACUGGUGGGUUGAUUGGUUCAGGUGAAUCAAAGAUUCUUGAGAAGAAACUGGGUCUGACUGUAGGACUGGUGUCUGUUGAUUCACUUGGCAAGGGUUUGGUGGUUAACUGA